CAAUGGCUCCGCUGCCAGUCGGUAUUCUGAUUUCAGGCGCAUCGGUUGCAACAUUAAAAGCCGGCACCGAAAAUUUAAAUAUUAAAAUAUUCAAAUUCGCGACGUUUUGGGCUUCUCCUUCCACAGCGCUCAGUAUCACUUGCAGUGUUAGGUAACCCAUGAGAAAUGAUUAAAUUAUCUAUCUUAUGUAUCUUCUACCAUGUAUUGGUACUUGGUUUGGUUUUUGCUCAAAACGAAGGGCAAUCGGAUUGCACAUCACCGCACGGUGUGGUUGGCUGGUGCAUUGGACUAAGGCAAUGUCCACAGCUAUUGUCCAUCCUUCAAACCCCCCCGCUUAAGCCAGAAGCUAUAGAAUUUUUAAAGCAAUCACAAUGUGGCUUUGAUGGCAAUGAUCCCCGAGUUUGUUGCCCGAUUCAAAACGAAAACCCCGAUCGUUCAGGCGGAGUCGAUAGGGCGGGGGAUGGAAACUCGCAGUUCGAUCUGUCCAGCAAUCCUUUAUUACCCUCCGAUUGCGGCAGAGAUCUGUCUCAGAGAAUCAUCGGUGGAGAACGUACGGAUAUCGAUGAAUUUCCUUGGAUGGCGCUUUUGAUAUACCGAAAACCAAACGGAGAAACUGCAGCUUGCGGUGGGGCCCUCAUCAAUAAUCGUUACGUCCUAACGGCAGCUCAUUGUCUGAAGGGCAAGGAUUUACCAACCACUUGGCGUUUGGAGAGCGUCCGGUUAGGCGAGUACGACAUUAACACCAAUCCUGACUGCAUCAAGGAUGACGCGAAUAGCGAGAUUUGCGCUGACGAUGCUGUCACCGUCGGCAUCGAGGAACAAAUCUCCCAUGAAAAUUACAAUCCACUGAGCAGUGAUCAAAAAUACGAUAUCGCUCUUCUAAGGUUAAACCGUGAAGUUCCGUUCACGAAUUACAUUAAACCUAUAUGCUUGCCACCAAACGACGCUGUCGGUAAGAAAUUGUUUGUCGCUGGUUGGGGAAAAACCGAGAAAGGAUAUUCCUCGAAUAUCAAGUUGAAAGUUUCUAUGCCGCUCGUCGACAAGCAACAAUGCGAGGAGAGAUACCGCGUAGCACGAGUUCAGCUAGGAUUCGGACAGAUUUGUGCCGGUGGUCAGAAAGGCAAAGAUUCCUGCACAGGAGAUUCUGGAGGUCCUUUGAUGACCGUGGAAAGAGGAAGCGACGGUGCCGGUCGAUGGACCGUCGUCGGUGUUGUCUCCUUUGGACCAUCACCUUGUGGCUUACCAAAUUGGCCCGGUGUUUACACCAGAGUAAUCGAUUAUAUUCCAUGGAUACUCGGCAAAUUGAAAGCUUAAUACUUUUUACUUCAUAAAAUAACAAUUUCACGUUAUAAGACAACAGCUUGACGAAGAAAGAACAGUCGAUGGUGAUUUUAACAUAUCCUUGAACCCGUUCCAUCGUAAUCGUGUCAAUAAAUACAAAUUGCAUCGUGUUCGCAUUAAUGAGAAGAAAAAAUAUGUUACUUUAAAUAUUUUUAAUACGAUUAAGUUAUUGCGCAGUAUCGAUACCAUAACAAAUUUGUAAUAUAUCUGAAAGGUUAUCAUAGAGUUCACAGGUGAUAGAGCAAACCGUGUAAACUGUGCAUUCUAUCGCUACACUUACGUGUAUACCUUUAUUACGUUGUUACAAUCGUUUGGUUUGUCAAACGAAUAAAGUUACCUCUUAGCACCUUGCCAA